CGUCGACCUCGCGCGGGUCGGUGCCGCGGUCGUGGCGAGGUUGGAGAGGUCGAGGUUCAACGCUGCGGACCGAGAGGCUUCCAAUUAAGUGAGCAGUCGAAGCAGCAUGGACUGGAGCUGGCAUGUUCAGGAUGUUUGGAGCAGUUGGGUUUCAGGCAAGUUUCAGGAUCUGGUUCUUCUGUGGAUGCCUUUAAGUGAUCUCGCCCAUCCGUCUGCGAGCCGCGCCAUGCUUUCCAAAAGACUUCGCGUUCGCCAUCGCGUGACUCCAGCGCUGCUUCCCGUCAGCUGCGUUCCCGUCGUCUUUGGACGGUUCGAAGCUGAAGGUACACCCUGAAGUUCGAGUGUCCCUCGCACGUCUUCCGCUUUCGCCUCGUCCUGCAAAGCUGGUCCGCCGUCGAUCCGGGGAAGGAACUGGGCCCGGUGGUGGCGUUCAUGUCAGGAGGACAGGGCUUGGAGGAGCUCGAGGAAUAUGGCUGGCGCAAUCUUUCGCCGGCGCUCACCUGGCAGGUCUUGGAGCAACGCCUGGGCGGCCUCUGGCGCGAGGUGCGCAAGCGACUGGAGGCCUCCUGAGGCAGUGAAGGGAGGCCGUCGUUCCGCCACGCGGGGGUGUUCCGACCCGAAAGCAUCUCUGCGAACAUCAGGAGGAAGGCGAUGUUCUGCAAAUAUGACCAGGCACGGAGCAGGCAGUUGGGAGAAUAUGGAGAAUCCACCAACAAUCUGGGUGCAGAGCGUGCGUACGCUGCGUGCACACACUGGCACGCUGGGCGAGGUCCCCCUUCUUCCAGCUGCAAAAUUGGCAGCAGUAGUUAGCUUCGGCGUGACUUUUGGUCAUGCAGAGUGCACUUUCCAGGCAGAGCUCGCUUUGAAAGCGACGGUGCUUUUUUGCUUCGAAGCGUGGUUCUCUCGCCUUCAGUAGUUUAGUGCACGUUAACGCACCGGUCGAAGCAGUGAUGGCACUGGUCUUUGCCACACGCGCUCAAGUGCGCGGGGAAAACGCCGGUGCUUUCACGAAAGUUGGCUGAAAA